CUGGUCCAGCAACAGCGACCGGCAGGAUGUCGGAGGUGGCUGCCACCGCUACGCGCUCUGGACGACUUUGUUCUGGGGUCGGCGCGUCUGGCGGUUCCGGAUCCACGCGACCCUCAGAGAUGGUGCCACCGCGUCAUCAACAACCUUCUUUACUACCAAGCCAACUACCUUCUCUGCUUCGUCUUCGGUCUCGCUCUGGCCGGGUAUGUGCGCCCGCUGCACACGCUCCUAAGCGCACUGGUAGUAGCAGUGGCCCUCGGUGUGCUGGUGUGGGCAGCUGAGACCCGCGCGGCCGUGCGCCGCUGCCGCCGCAGCCACCCCGCCGCCUCCGUAGGCCUCUUUGUUCUCUGGGUCGUCGGUGGCGCUUGCACCUUCCUGCUCAGCAUCGCCGGGCCGGUACUUCUGAUCCUGGUGCACGCCUCCCUGCGUCUGCGCAACCUUAAAAACAAGAUUGAGAACAAGAUCGAGAGCAUUGGUCUCAAGCGGACACCAAUGGGGCUGCUACUAGAGGCGCUGGGACAAGAGCAGGAGGCUGGGUCCUAGGGGGUUGGGAUUUGUAGCCAGGAUCUGGAGAAUACAAUCCCCACCCCAGCCUGCCCCUGGGACCCUGCAGCCUUUUCCUAGCCCUUAAAAUAAGAGCUUAGAGCCCCCUACCCAAAGCACCAGGGCAUCUGUGACCACCCUACCCCUACCACAAUACAAAACUAGGAUAUUCCUCACACCCAGUUCCAAUUAGCUAGGAACCAGCAUCUUUCCCACUCCAGAACUUGGGCCCCAGAGUCACUUGAAUCUUGCCCCAAAAUUGGGGCUUUAGACCAUAGCAUCCAUGGCUGAUCUCAAAUGGUGACCUAGAAACACUCUGCCAACCUGCAUCUGGUACCCACCCUUCUUCCAUGUUCAAUCCCCUAAGCUGGAGCCUGAGCAAGGCAUUCUCAGAUCUUGAACCCUGGACCAUCGCUCUUCCAGACCCCACACCAGCUUCCAAACCAGGUCAAGGUAUUGCCAAAUCUUGAACCCAAGACCCAAGUGUUUUCAGCCUCCAUCUGGUUGGAGUCAGGUAUCCUAGCCCUGUUGGACCUUUAGUCCCAGGUGACCCCAACCCUCACCAAUCCCACUUGCCUCCCUCCAGCUCUGCUUAGGGAUUUUACCCCUCCCAGUGUUCCACAGUGAUGAGGACUGUGGAAUGGGGGUGGGAUAGGCAUAUGGGGCAUAUGUCAGUGUUGCUGCAACAAUAAAGGCUGUUGCAUCUCAAGUCAA